GUUUUGGCGGGGACCCGGGACGCAGCUGGAGCUGAGACGCAGCGCGCUCAUCACUGCCGCGGAGGACCUGGCUGCGGAGCCCCCAGACAUGGACAAGAUCCUGAAGGUGAAGCUGCUGUCGGGCGAGGAGAUCCAGGUGCCCUGGACCGGUGACUCCAUGCUGCCUGCGGAGCUGAAGCAUCUGAUUUCCCAGAAGAUCAACGUGCCCGGCUUCCGGCAGCGCCUGGUCAUCCCGCACAGCGGGGCGGCGCUGCGGGACGGCGUGCCCCUGGCCGAGCAGGGCCUGGGCCCCGGAAGCACGGUGCUGCUGCUGGUGCAGGACUUCAGCACCCCCCUGAGCAUCCUGGUGAGGAACGAGAAAGGUCGCUCCAGCAGCUACGAGGUCCAGCUGACACAGAAGGUGGCUGAUCUCAAGAAGCAGGUGUGCCAGAAGGAGGGCGUGCGGGCCAACCAGUUCUGGCUGAGCUUCCAGGGGAGGCCCAUGGAGGACAACGUGCAGCUGAAGGAAUACGAGCUCACACCUCAGUGCACUGUGCAGAUGAACUUGUACCUUCGGGGUGGCAGGGUGGGGCCAGGAGAGCAGCCGUGAGGGCCACUUGUGAGCCCCUGACCAAGGGUGCGAAUAAAAGUCGAUGCACAGCUAACUGG